GUGGAGUAUCGACAUCACCACACCACAUCAUAGCUCCAGCUUCCUUCUAUUGCCCAAUUUCUUUGCAUGCCCUCUCCCCGAACUAGCUCACACCGGGCUUCAUAACCACCCAAACCCGCCCAUGGAAGCUGCCUCAGCGCGUAUGGCUGCGCGCGACCGCUUCUCACAAGCCGGCGACUCGGGUCCCACCCCGCUCCAGCGCUUCAUCCAGCAAGCCUGCUCGCCCGAGUACUUUGAGCCGAACCUGUCGCUCAAUCUCGAGAUCGCGGACCUCAUAAACUCCAAGAAGGGUAAUGCGCCGCGCGAGGCCGCCGUUGCGAUCGUCAACUAUAUCAACCACCGGAACCCCAACGUGGCCUUGCUGGCGCUCAGCCUCCUCGACAUCUGCGUGAAGAACUGCGGAUACCCGUUCCAGCUGCAGGUCGGCACGAAGGAAUUUCUCAAUGAGCUUGUUAGGAGGUUCCCGGAGAGGCCGCCGGUGAGGGCCACGAGGGUCCAGUUGAGGAUUUUGGAGGCGAUUGAGGAGUGGAAGAGCACUAUUUGCCAGACAAGUCGGUAUAAAGAGGACUUGGGGUUCAUACGGGAUAUGCAUAGGCUGCUCAGUUAUAAGGGCUAUACGUUUCCGCAGGUUAGGAGGGAGGAUGCCGCCGUAUUGAAUCCGAGUGAUAACCUCAAGUCGGCAGAGGAGAUGGAGGAGGAAGAGAGGUCUGCGCAAUCGGCAAAGCUGCAGGAGCUGAUCCGGAGAAGUGGGCCGGAAGAUUUGCAGGAGGCGAAUCGGUUGAUGAAGAUAAUGGCUGGAUAUGAUACCCGAUCGAAAACUGAUUAUAGAGCGAAGGCAGCUGAGGAGGUGGGCAAAAUUCAACAAAAGGCGAGGCUGCUAGAGGAGCGGCUUGAGGCUUUCCAACCCGGAGAGACAAUGACCGAAGGUGAUGUGUACGAGGAGCUUGCCGCAUCACUGCAAAGUGCCCACCCCAAAAUACAGAAGAUGUGCGAGGAAGAGUCGGAUGACCAUGAAGCCGUGGCGAAACUCUUCGAGAUCAAUGAUAGCAUAAAUCGCACGGUCGAGCGGUAUAAGCUAAUGAAGAAGGGCGAUAUUGAGGCGGCAUCGAAAAUCGCUAAAGGGACUCUGGGAACAACUACUGGGGUGGCAAAAAACGCUGCGAAUGAGCUCUCAUUAAUCGACUUUGAUGCCGAUGGAGAGGGUGUGGGGGAAGCUUCUUCAAGUGCGCCACCGUCAAAGCCAGGUGGACUCGAAGACGACCUUCUUGGGUUAUCAAUGGGUGAAAGUACUAUUAGCGACGCUCCCUUUGGACAGUCUGGUGCAAUUGGACUUGGUUUUGGUGCAAACACAAACAUCCCUGGGCCAUCAUUGAUAUCCUCAACCACGCAAAACAACAGUGCGCGAGCUCCGACUCCUGCGGCGUCAACACCAUCCCCAGCAUUGACACAGCCAAAUUAUGCCGGAUUCCAGCCGCCUGCACACCAACGACCCUCUGAUCCAUUUGCAGCUCUGACUCAACCACUCAGACAGUCAACGCCACAACUUACUUCCAAUACUCCUUCCAUGUUUGACUUCCGUUCCAAUACAUCUACUCCAAAUCCAAGCGCCACAAAUCCGCCAGUGUCCACAGAUGAUGAUGAAUGGGAGUUUGAAUCUGCACUACCAAAAAACAAUGGGUUGCCAUCGUCGAAUGUGAUCACUUUGACCGACUCUGUUAUAAAUAUCACAGCUGAAGCAAGUCGUAAAUCGAAUUCAGAUACGGCUAUCACGAUAUCUCUGAAGUAUUCCAACAAGACCCCCAUGCCAGUCUCAGAUCUCGAACUCAAAGUAGCAGUGCCGAAGAAAUUGCAGGGAAUUUCACUCAAAUGGGAAACUCUGACAGGGACAACUCUGCAGCCACUUCAGAAAGACGGAAUCUCACAAGUGGUACAUCUCAAUGGCGUAGCACUUGGACAAGGAAACAAUGUUAAACUGCGGUGGCAGCUAUUGUACAAGCUUGGUGGCGACUCUAAGCAAGAACAGGGCGAGAUACCAACUCUUGGUGUUGCCUAAAAAGCUGAUAUUAUAGUAGGGGUAGGGAAAGCGUUUUAGACUUGAAUCUAUGUAGCGGCAUUGCCAGCGUCUUGAUUUUCAAGAACAUAACCAUGUCCCAACUGCAGUUUGUGAGGUGUCCAUAUGUACC